AUGUAUGCUACAAGCAAGAACUUCCAAUUUUGCGUUAUUAAGUCAACCAAAACUCUUUUUAUGAUUCACUGUGCUGCUAAAGAGUGCGAGUGGCGUAUGCGAUCGAUAAGAGUUAAGGAUUCAGAGUUGUUUAAGGUGACGAGGCUUAAUGACAAUCACAAAUGCUCUUUGGACUUUAUUUAUCGAAGUCAUAUGCAAACAUCAGGAAAGGUUAUUGGAGAAUGCAUUAAGUCAAAAUAUAACGGUGUUGGUCGUAUUUACCGACCAAAAGACAUAAUACAGGAUGUGCGGCAAGAAUUUGAUGUUAAUAUUAGCUAUGAUAAAGCUUGGAGGGCUAGGGAAGCUACCUUGGAAUCAGUGCGAGGGAUGCCUGAAGAUUCCUUUUCUUACUUGCCAUGCUAUUGUGCCGAGUUAGAGAAGAAUAAUCCUGGUACGAUAACUUAUAUAGAGUCCGAUCACGAGAACAAGUUUAAAUAUUUUUUCAUGGCUCUCGGUGCUUCGUUCCGAGGAUUUCGGAGUGCAAUGCGACCUAUCAUCGACGUUGAUGGUACUCACCUAAAGGGCAAGUACAUGGGCUUGCUCUUUGUUGCCGCUACUCAAGAUGGCAACAAGAAAAUUUAUCCGGUGGCUUUUGGGAAACUGCGAGUUGCACUUGCACUUGAAGAUUUCUCAGAACUAUCAUUGAUAUCGGAUAGGCAUAAAAAUAUUGAGAGAGGUGUUUCACUUGUCUUUCCAGAAUCUUAUCAUGGGCACUGCAUGCACCAUAUCAAACAGAGCAUGAAGGCAAAAAAAAUUGAUGAUGUCGUGUUUCCCAUAUAUUUCAAGGCAGCAAAGGCUUACCGUAUUUCAGAUUUUGAACAUCUAAUGACACAGAUAUGUGGUUUUGAAGGUGGCAAGGCACAUAAAUAUCUAAAGGAUGUCGGAUUCAAUAAGUGGUCUCGUGCACAUUUUCCCGGAUAUAGGUACAGUAUACUCACUACCAAUAUUCCAGAAAGUAUGAAUGCUGCACUACGCGAUGUGCGGGGUCUUCCAAUAACAGCGUUGGUUGAGUAA